AUGAACGCUAAAGGUGAGAGCUGUGUCGAGAAGCCACUGGCGACAUUGUGGCGCAACUACCAGCAGUCGACUAAACCAGACGUAGUGAUGAAGUUAUCUGUCACUAACUCCGGCCUGAAGGGAUUUACCAAAGAGCAUGGACUUACUGAAUACUGGUCCCACCGCAUCACUUACUGUGCCAGCCCACCGCACUACCCCAAACUCUUCUGCUGGGUGUAUCGACACGAAGGCAAGAAGCUCAAGCACGAGCUUCGCUGCCACGCCGUCCUUUGUACCAAAGAAUCAAUAUCAAAGAAGAUUACAGAGGAACUUCAAAUCAAACUGAAGCAAGCCUUAAGUGAGUUCAAAAAGGACAGAAUCUCAAAACAAAAUGCACGACUUAGUCUCGCUAACAGUGUAUACGAAAACCCGAGUAUGCCUCGCAGAAAGAUCUUACUAAGCGUCGGAGCUAUGAACUACAGACCACCGCUAGAGAGGUCAAAAUCUGCUCCGAAAUUGGGAGCUAUUGAGGAACUUUGUUCAGAAGAAGAUGAAGAGGAAGCGGAGAUGAAUGCUAAGCAGAAUGGCGAGCCCUGGUCACGAACGGCUUUAGCGAUGGACACCUUUUAUUCCUCGCAAACGCUCGAUAGACGACGACCUGAUAUAAAGUCGCCAAGGAAGACAUCAUGUCCCGAAGGAGUCAUAAACCGAACGUUGUCUGACUCUGGAAGCGACACCGUCACAGUCUCCGACGAAUUCCUCGAAUUAUUGGCAAAGGAGAGCCAAAAGAAUGGACGUAUCGAUGAUACUAGUCAUAAUGAUGGAGAAAAGGAAACAAGAUUGCUAGAAGCGAUUGCCGAAUCGAACGAACUGAGUGAUAACGUGGUGACCGAGGGCGAUUGUAAGGCGCUCAUGCAAAGUAACUACCUCGUCACGGAUAGCGACGACGGAUCUGUUUCUUCGGGCUGCGAGACCGCCAGCACGGUCACUGACACCGAGCCGUCAUCCCUGCCUUCGUUCCCCCAGGAAGACCAGAAGGAGCAUGCUGACAACACCAUCUCUUACUUGGACCAGAACUUCACACAUAACGAUAUCAGGAGUAGCAAUAGAAGCUACAACUCUGUUCACAUAAUGAACAACCCUGACUCUAACGUCGUUGAAGAGGUAAAUCAUGUCCCCAUCGGUGAGAAGAAUACCUUCAGGCGAAGAUCCACGUAUCCUCCUCUGCGAGCGGAUACGAAUAUUAUGGCAGACUUCGAAGGAAAGUUUGAGUCUCUCAUAGACAACCUGACUGAUGUAGACAGCUUAAACUCCAGCACAGAAACUGAAGUGUUUAAGAAUACUGGGGACAAUGACAGCGCGUGCAGUGAUGAGUCAGGGUACUCGGAGCUGUUGGAUGGCAAAGAAAGUAUAAUAGGCAACACUAUCAUGGUCUAA